AUGUGCUGUUCAGCACCAAAAUGGAAGGAAGAAAUUAAGAAUGAUAAAAUUCAAAAUCAUAAAUUUGAUUUUGUUGACUUGGAGGAAUUUAAAGAAAAAACUACUGCAGGGAAAAUAAUAGGAAGAAUAACAUAUUCAUUUGUCUUUAUUUUCGUAUUAAAAUCCGUUCUACUUUACGUUGCUGAUAUAUGGACUGCUGCACUUUUACUUAUUUUUGAUCGUUGGGGGUCAUCUAUACAACCUAAAAUUCCAUUUUCUAUCUCAAAAUGGAUUUAUAUCGGAUGUAUUUUCGCUUCAUUUUUACUUUUGGCUUGGGAUAUUAGAAAAGCUAUAGCUAUCAUGAAAUCGAGAUAUAUAUCAUUCGCAUUUACCAAUAUUGUAGCCUAUAGAACUUAUACUUUGAAAAGUUAUGCUCAUUUUUGCUUUUUCAGUAAAAUUAAUAAUUAUCAAAAGCCUGUAGAUAGGAUCGCAUUCUUUGUGUUCUUUGCAUUUAAAGGUUGGAAACGUCUUGUCUUUGCUGAAGCUCCACGCCAGGUUAUUAAUGGCAUUACCUUAUAUUACCUUAUUCAAAUAAAUAAAUCAAAAGAAUAUCUUAGUUUUAGCGCUUAUGGUGACAUGGUUCAUUCUCUUGCUAUGGCAACAAUGGCUGUUUCUAUCUUCCUUUCUAUAUUUUCAUUUAUUAAGAUUGUUGCUGCAGCUAUUUUAUAUAUUCCAUUGUUGUGUCAUAUCAGAGGAAAUUUAAAAGAAUAUUGUUGUUAUAAGAUUGAUAAAAGGAUUACUGAGCUUUUAAAAGCGCAAACUCUAAAACGUAUUAAAAAACAACAAUUAGAAGCAGAAGCAAAAUCUAGUGGAGAAUAUAUUCAUAUUGGCAAGAAAAAAAAUGCAGAUAUAAAAUCUUUUCGUCAACCAACCUUGCCAACUGUCGGUUUCCUUGAUGAUUCAUUAUCGGUUCCGCCUUCAUAUGCUUUGUCAAGGGCUGGUUCUCUAGCUCCUCCUCAAAGAGUUGGAACUCCAGGUUUAGCUGUUCCUUCGAGAACUGGAACUCCUGAUUAUGGUCCUCCUAGAACAGGAACUCCUGAUUAUGGUCCAUCUAGAGUUGGUACUCCUGAUUAUGGUCCACCAAGGGUUGGAACUCCUGAUCAUGGUCCACCAAGGGUUGGAACUCCUGAAUAUGGUCCACCAAGAUCCAGAACUCCUGAAUAUGGUCCACCAAGAUCCAAAACUCCCGAAUAUGGUCCACCAAGAUCCAAAACUCCCGAAUAUGGUCCACCAAGAUCCAAAACUCCCGAAUAUGGUCCACCAAGAUCUAGAACUCCUGAAAAUGCCCCUUCAAGAGUGGGAACACUAAAUUAUGGUCCUCCGAGAGUUGGAACUCCAAAUUAUGGUCCUCAGAGAGUCGGAACUCCAAAUUAUGGUCCUCCGAGAGUUGGAACUCCAAAUUAUGGUCCUCCGAGAGUUGGAACUCCAAAUUAUGGUCCUCCAAGAGUUGGAACUCCUGGUUAUGGCCCUCCACGUGUUGGCACUCCAGGUUAUGGUCCACCACGUAUUGGGACUCCUGGUAAUGUUAUACCAAGAGCUGGAACUCUCAAUUAUGGUCCUCAAAGAACUGGUACUCCUGAUUUUGGUCCAUCGAGAACUGGAACUCUUGUUGGUAAUAAUUCUUCUGAAUAUACCGCUAAUGCAUAUCCAUUAGGAUCAAAUCAUCAAUACCAAAAUAGGACUCAAUAUUCUGCACUUACUAGAACAGGAACUUCUAAUGCUCCAAAAACUAGUUACGAAAGACAUUAUCGUAAUGAUUCUAAUGGUUCAAAUUAUCAAAGUUCACAAUUAAUAUUAAAACAACAACAUUCAAGAACUCCUUCUGUAUCUUCUGCAAUAUCAGGUCGUAGUGGUGGUAGUAAUAAUAGAUUUCCUCAAAGUAAUAAUAUGAAUCCUGGUCCUGGCCCUGAUACUUUACCUACUAGAUAUCAAGGAAUGAGAGGACAACAUAGACAUAAUAAUUAUACUGAUCAAGGUGGUGGUCAAAAUAAUACUGAUUCCAUAUAUCUUAAUUAA